UGUAUGUUUCUGGUUCAUAGAUAUUGGCCUUGGCUUUAAAUUUCAUUUGGCCAGCAACAAUCUUUACACAUUGUUUAUGCAAACUUUUGAUGCAAAGGACUCAACCUGAAUCAUAAGUAAUCCUUCGGAAGUUUACAAUCAUCAUCUGCUUUCCUCAUCCUUGAGUGUGAUCUCCUGCCGCUUGAACCCCUUUGGUUUCUUCAACCAUCAUUGAAUUCGACAGACUAAUCAUCAUCAUCAUCAUAUUUUGUACGCUCAUCUAUGGAAAUAACAACAUUAUUGGCAUCCUAGAAACCCUUUUGUCAGCCUCUGAAUACGUGGCGCUGCAGCUUCGUGAACAACUACUGUAUCAAAUAUAAAUUCCAGCACAUCCUCAACGAGCAAAGCAUAAGUGCUCACAUGAUUUACCUUAAAAGAGGGGGAAACGGUUGAUGAACGGGAGUUCCAUUUUUUUGGUGAUUCGGUAGUUGUUUUCAAGAUCCGAUCAGUGAGGAAGUUCUUCUUGACAGAGAGAAUAAUAUAGUUUUGAAUCGGCAUCAUUGGAAUGUGAAAGACGGUGUCUGAUGAAUUUUAACCCAUGGAAAUCAAAACGUUUUCCUUAGAUCUAGGACAAACGAAGAUGAUUUUGGGAUAUCGAACCCCAUAUUCAUGUUUGGGAAGAUGAUUCAAGCUUACGAGUAAAGUUGGUAUUGAACGGUGACGAAGAUGGCAUUUGACGUGGUGGUCACCGGAAUUUGAUUGUCGGUCGAUGAAGUUUUCUCGUUGAUUUUGCAGAGCAUUGUUGGAGAGGGCCUAAAGAUGAAAUGAAAUGGAAUUGGCAUGUGGGAGAUGAAGUUGGUUACACUACGUAGUUUUGGGGGUUUCUAGAGGGGAGGCGGGCAAAUCUCAACUUUAGUCCUCCAUUUAAGAUAUUCUUGUUAUAUUGGUAUCAGAGGGAAAUAACGUCCCUUCCAACUUCGUCAUGCCUGAUUCUUUGAAUGAUCGUUUUGCUAAUGGAGGUACUUCAUACUAUCUACAUCAGUCGGAUAACCUUGAAAUUGUUUAUACUCGGCCUCUUUCCAAUGGUAAUUUUCAUAGUUGGAAAAGAUCGAUGAUGCUUGCUUAAUCAGCCUAAAACAAGUUAGGAUUUGUUGAUGGUUCGAUCACUGUUCCUGAUCCUUCUUUCACAUAGCAGUUUAAUGCCUGGACGAGAGCUAACAACCUUGUAUAUUCUUGGAUCUUGAAUUUUGUAUCCAAGGAUAUAGCUGCAGGUCUUUUGUAUCAUUCCAUUGCUGCUGACAUUUGGAAAGAUCUGGUGAUCGUUUUCAGCAAUCGAAUGGACCAAGGUUAUUUCAGCUAAAGAAGAAAUUAAGUGACUUGGUGCAGGGCCAAAUGAAUGUUAGCGCAUAUUAUACUCCGCUCAAGAUUGUUUGGGAUGAGCUUUUCUCCACCAAGAAGGUCUGUUCUUGUAUGGGUUAUACUUGUGAAGGAGUUAAAAGAAUGUUAGGAACAUCAGCAACAGCAAGUUAUGCAUUUUUUUAUGGGAUUAAAUGAGUCUUAUUCUCACAUAAAGUGACAUUUUCUUUUGAUGGAUCCCUUUCCUUCGAUUGUCAAAGUGUUUUCUUUUCUCAUUCAAGAAGAAAACCAGCAUAGUGUCAAGAUUGUUAAUCCCGAUACUGAAGCCACCUUUGCCGUUAGAGCAAAUCAUGGCAAUCGUAAGAAUCGACCUCAAUGUAGCCAUUAUAAUAUUCUUGGCCAAACAAGGGAUAAAUUUUACAAGUUGCAUGGAUAUCCUUCAGGUUAUGUGCCAAAGAAUUCGUCUUCGAACUCCAAGAAUUCUCAAACGGCUCACACGAAUUCAAUAGCCACUUCGAGUGAUGUUGCACAACAAGGAUCUUCACUUGCUAAUGAAUGCUUGAAAACUCAGCAGUGUCAUCAAUUGAUUGCAAGGCUUACAGCUCAAUUACAAGCUGCAUCAACUUCAGAAAAUCCUUCGACUUCUGUUAAUGCAGCCAUGCAAGGUGAGAUUUCGUCUCAAAUUAAUAAUUUUUCCCUUCAAUUACCAAAAUGCUGGAAUGUUGAUUCUCGUGCAUCCAGACAUGUUUGUUUCUCAAAGGCCAUGUUCGAGACUUUGUAUCCUAUCACUGGUAGCAGUGUUGUUUUGUCAGACAAAUAUGUAAUCUCCGUUGGAUUUGCUGGGACCGUUAGAUUUUCCUCCAAGCUUGUUCUCAAAGAUGUGUUAUGUCCCUGAAUUCAGGUUUAAUCUACUAUCAGAUGGGUGUUUGAUAAAUGAU